ACAGCCCUUUAAACGAAGAGACGAGCAUUACAGUACGAGGUCGACGAAUCUUCCCUUCAGAGUUGAGCUAUUUUAGGUACCAGUCUCUCUUUCUGGAGACUUGAAUGAGCUGUAACCCAAGAUGCCUCUCAAUGAUGAGCGACCUGCUUCCACAUCCGACGGAGAGCAGCAGGACGUGGAGUCGUCAUCAGAGCGCAGCGACAGCGUGACCUCAGCCAGCUCCCGGGAGAGCUUCACCAGCGACGGCUCCAGCAAACACUGCACUCCCUCCUCAAGCCCACCCAAAACCUUAACUCUGGAUGAAGUGAUGGAGUCUGCCAGAGACCUGUCCAGUCUCCGCCUCGCUCAUGAGAUCGCCGUGAACCAAGACUUCCACGUGGAACCACAAAGCCUCCCUGAGGGCAGUCUUACUAAGCUAGUUAGAGAUACUCUCCACAAGGCCUUCUGGGACAUCCUGGCGUCCGAGCUGACCGACGACCCUCCUGAGUAUGGGCAGGCCAUCAGAUUAUUGGCGGAGAUCAGAGAGAUUGUAUUGUCCUUUCUUAAUCCGGGGGCCAAUCGGAUGCGGACACAGAUCAUGGAGGUGCUGGACAUGGACCUGAUUCGUCAGCAGGCUGACAAUAAUGCUGUAGACAUCCAGGGGCUCGCCUCCUACAUUAUCUCCACCAUGGGCAAGUUGUGUUGUCCCGUUAGGGAUGAGGAGAUCAAGAAGCUCAGCCAAAACUCAGAUAACAUGGUGACAAUGUUCAGGGAGAUCUUCAGACUGCUGGACCUGAUGAAGACUGAUUUAAUCAACUAUGAAGUCGAUUCUCUGAGGCUUUUGCUGCAGAGGCACGGUGCGGAAUGUGAGAGGGAAAUGUUUCAGAGCGUUCUGGACAAAACCCCCAGUGCUUUGAAUCACACCACCUCGUGGCUCAAGUCCGCCCUGGAGGAGCUGACGAACAACAUCCGAGAAGAACAGACUCACAGUCAGGGGAAGGGCCAGCUGGUCCCUGGGCCCUUCCAGGCCCUCAACAUCGCAUUCCUCCACAUCCUCACAUGGGAGAACGAUAAGAACCCGCUGCCUGAGACCUUGAUGAAUGACGAGAUACGUUUGCAAAAGAUCCAGCAGCAGCUGCAGCUGAUUCAGGCGGUGAACGAGGUGCUGCUCAUCAUCUUCAGCACCGUCGGGGGGGCAAUCCAGGGUCUGCCCCUCCUGUCCGGCCGCCUGAAGAGGAUGACCGGUGUGCUGCUGGAGGGGAUGCACAGCCCGGACUUUAACCAGGAGGAGGCACUAGAGGGCGUCAGUGCUCAGAUCUGCAGCGAGCUCAACAAGUCUUUGACAGAGAGGAGCUACCCCCCGCUGUCCCCCGCACUGCAGGCCACCCUGACAGGCCAGAUUCUCAGCAUCACUCAGAAGGACAACCCCAUCCGCACUCUCGUUGAGGACCGUGUGCAGCAGUACUUCAUGGUACUCAUCUGUGAUCCUAAACCUCAGAGCAAACUUGAACAAGUACCAGUUGGCUUGACUGCUAUCAAGCCUGAACUAGCAUGUUUGGGAGCAAGGUUCAUCUCUCUGGUUAACUACAAUAUAACAGUUUAUGGACCUACCUAUGGGGGUAUCUUACGGAAGCUGAUGUUCAACAGCAGCCCGCCACCAGCAAACCCUCCUCAGGACACCGCUCAGGACUCAGUCACCUCCAAAUAAAAAUAAAUCCUAAUUUUGAAUUAUGCUGUCUUAGUGUUUCUUCUGCUUGUGCUCGAGAGCGAAAAAAGUGUCCAGGAUUUUGCAAAAUAAAGAGUUUGUCUGCAUGAG